AUGAUGUCCUCCAAACUGAUGCGCCCAGCUUUCGCAGCUGCCCGUCGGACUGCCCCCAGAACAGCUAUCCGAACAUACGCUGCGCCGGCCGCUGUAGACACAAAGCCUCCGGUGCCUUUGUUUGGCCUCGACGGGACUUACGCAAAUGCUUUGUAUACCGCAGCCGCCAAACAGGGCUCUCUGGAGCCGACGGCCAAAGCUCUCAGCAGCCUAGAACAGAUCUUCAAGACCGACGCCAAACUCCCCCAGAUCCUCGCUGCUCCCACACUUUCCGAUACCGACAAAUCACAGAUCAUUGCAGAACUGGAAAAGCACACCGGAGCAGCUGACAAGACUAACACGGUCAAGAAUUUUCUACAAACGCUGGCGGAGAACAACCGGUUGAGUCUGCUUGAGGGAGUUUGCGAAAAGUUUGGUACUCUGAUGAGUGCGGCGAGAGGAGAGAUAGAGUUGGUUGUGACGAGCGCUUCGAAACUCGACGAGAAACUCCUCCGCCGUCUUGAAGCCGCCAUCGCCAAAUCCGAAUACAGCCAAGGCAAGAAGCUGAAGGUGGUCACGAAAGUCAACCCAGAUAUCCUCGGUGGGCUCAUCGUCGAGAUUGGCGAGCGAACUAUCGACCUCAGCGUUUCGAGCAAGAUCACGCGGUUGAACAAGAUGCUCACUGAGACUGUGUAA